AUGUUCACGUCAGGCUUCUCAGCGUACUCUCCUGCGACUCUUACCGGGGGUCCAGUGUCCGGAUCGGAUACCGUCCCCCCUGACAACAGUAUGCCAAGACCGCAUCAGACUGUCCACCACCAUCCCCAUCAACAUCAACAUCAACAUCAACAACAGCAGCAACACUCCCAGUAUCCAUGCCAAAACCACCAUCCUCACUCUCAGACACGCCAGCUGCAGCAGCAGCAGCAUCAGCAAGACUAUUUUACGUUGAGUCGACCGGGAGAGCCGGUGAAAUUGGCCAGCCUGCCACCUCAGGCAUCGGGAUCAGCGGCCACAGCAACUGCUGGUGCGGGGCUUCGUUCAGGCCUGCUUCCUGGCUCUGAGUACUCUUCGUGUACAGACAGUGGCCGGGGGGGUAGUGAAGAAGAGGCUUGCGGAGGUCUGCAGGUUCCGCAGGCGACGAUACCACCCAGAAUCGGCAACCAAUUGUUGUCAGGCUGA